AUGACACUGGUGCACAUGGUGACACUGGUGCACGAGGUGACACUGGUGCACUUGGUGACUCCGUUGCACAAGGUGACACUGGUGCACGCAGUGACACCAGUACACAUGGUGACACUGGUGUGGGUGGUGACACUGGUGGACAUGGUGACACCAGUACAUGCAGUGACACUAGUAUACGCGAUGACACUGGUGCACAUGGUGCCUGUUGCACGCAGUGACACUGGUGCACAUGGUGACAGUGAUGUGGAUGAUGACACCAUGACACUGGUGCACAUGGUGACACCAGUACAGGUGGUGACACCAGUACACAUGGUGACGCCAGUGCAUGUAGUGACACUGGUGUGGGUGGUGACACUGGUGCACAAGGUGAUGCUGGUGCACAAGGUGACACUGGUGUGGGUGGUGACUCUGUUGCACAAGGUGACACUGGUGCACGUGGUGACUGUGUUGCACAAGGUGACACUGGUGUGGGUGGUGACACCAGUACACAAGGUGACACUGGUGCACGUGGUGACUCUGUUGCACAAGGUGACACCAGUACACGUGUUGACACCGGAGACGUCCCAGCAGCUGGCACUGGAGACACUGGAGGAGCUGGACUGGUGCCUGGAGCAGCUGGAGACCCUGCAGACCCACCGCGCCGUCAGCGAGAUGGCAUCCAACAAGGAGCGGGAGCUGGUGAAGACCUUCAAGAUCCCGGUGGAGACGCUGUUGACCUACACGUUGACCUUGGAGGACCACUACCACGCCGACGUGGCCUACCACAACAGCCUGCACGCCGCCGACGUCAUGCAGUCCACCCACGUCCUCCUGGCCACCCCCGCCCUCGACGCCGUGUUCACCGACCUGGAGAUCUUGGCCGCCCUCUUUGCCGCCGCCAUCCACGACGUGGACCAUCCCGGGGUCUCCAACCAGUUCCUCAUCAACACCAACUCGGAGCUGGCGCUGAUGUACAACGACGAGUCGGUGCUGGAGAACCACCACUUGGCCGUGGGCUUCAAGCUCCUGCAGGAGGACAACUGUGACAUCUUCCAGAACCUCAGCAGGCGCCAACGUCAGACCCUACGCAAGAUGGUCAUCGACAUGGUCUUGGCCACCGAUAUGUCCAAGCACAUGAGCCACCGUGGGUUGGCUGGUUGGGACUCCAUUGGUGCCACCACAGGUUGGGCAGGUAGAACCUGCUCUUGGUGCCACCAUGGGUUGACCAGGCAGAACUUGCCCUUGGUGCCACCAUGGGUUGACCAGAUGGGUCUCCGGUGGUACCACCACGGGUUGGCCGGGUGGGACUCCAUGGGUGCCCCACCCCAGCAGGUGACGGGACGGCGCGCGUGUCCUGGGCAGGUCCUGAGGAACAUGGUGCACUGCGCGGACCUGAGCAACCCCACCAAGCCGCUGGCGCUCUACCGGCAGUGGACGGAGCGCAUCAUGGAGGAGUUCUUCCGCCAGGGCGACCGGGAGCGGGAGCGGGGGAUGGAGAUCAGCCCCAUGUGCGACAAACACACCGCCUCCGUGGAGAAGUCCCAGGUAGGGGACCACCCCGGUGGCCUCGGGGGACAUCGAGGGGGAAAGGGGACAACCCAACUGGUGAGCUUGGACGGGGAGCACAAGGUGGUUCCGUCAUGGCCCCAGUUGGGUGGCCCCAAGCACGGGCAUCUUGUGGGGAUGAGGAGGCCAAGGGCCACCAUGAUGGCCAUGACUAGGUGUCACCAAGCAUGGGGACAUCCCAUGGGUGCCACCAUGAUGUCCCCAAGUAGGCAUCCCAUGAAGACAAGGGACCCUUGGUGCCACCAUGAUGUCCCCAAGUGGGCAUCCCAUGGGGACAAAGACCCUUGGUACCACCAUGAUGUCCCCAAGUGGGCAUCCCAUGGGGAAAGAGACCACCAUGGUGCCACCACGAUGUCCCCAAGUGGGCAUCCCAUGGGUACAAAGACCCUUGAUGCCACCAUGAUGUCCCCAACUGGGCAUGUCAUGGUGACGGGGACCCUUGAUGCCACCACGAUGUCCCCAACCAGGAAUCUCAUGGAGACAGGGACCCUUGGUGCCACCAUGAUGUCCCCAACUGGGCAUCCCAUGGGUACAAAGACCCUUGGUGCCACCAUGAUGUCCCCAACACUGUGUCCCAUGGACACAAGGACCCUUGAUACCACCAUGAUGUCCCCAAGUGGGCGUCCCAUGGGCACAAAGACCCUUGAUGCCACCAUGAUGUCCCCAA